GCGUUGUGAUGAUCCCGAGGGAUUGUUAACCUGUGGAUGUGCGCGGUAUGUUUCCGCCUCCGAAUAUUAAGUCGUCUUCGAUUACUUCUAGCAUAUGCUUUUCGUAUGAGACAGGUAGACCGUCUACUUGAAGACAAGAACACAAGUGUCAAGUUUCAAGGUGCAAGGGAUGCAAUGGUUGAAAGUUCUUGUGGCGUUGCUUUAAUGCAAGCCACUCUGUUGUAGAUCAUUUUUAAAAAUUGAUUUGAGAGUACAAGCAAUCUAUCAGACACUGGAUGUGCAAUAAUGGCAUACGCCUACUUGUCAAGUGACUUAAGUUCCUUUACCUCUUUUCAUCAAUCGGUUUGCGUUACCAUCGAUUUAGGGAUUGAAGUGCUACUGCCUUUAUCUUCAUCACAACCGGCUCCAAUCAUUGCUGCGCCAAGUUCUACAGGAUUUCAACUUCAUGCCACCUUAACGGGACUACUUUCUAUUCACAGAUAUGACGAGGUGUUCUCAAAACUUCAUAUGACUUGUUUCAGAGUAUCCAUCUCAUAUUGUUCGAAUCAAACCGAGACAAUUAGUGUCUUCCGUGGCGAUGACGUACAUCCAAUAGUUGUGCCAUUCUCGUUAAAAUUGAUGUUCGAGAGUCAGCCAAAGUUUCUUUUACUAAAUUGUGAUAUACUUCUUAGACUGACCAAGUCAUUAAGUACGGGAGUCGUACCUCGUAACUACAUACGUGCUAUCCUCCGUCUUUACCGCGGAUCAUUCAUGCUUCAAGCAAAACUUUCAUCGGUCUCCUCGUCAUAUUAUUUUCACCCGGUUACCGGCACGACCGAGUUUCUUUUCAACUACGGUCUAGCAAUACAUGAUGGCCAGAUCAAUUAACGAAUGAAUUCGACAUUAGCAAAGCCUGCACUGUCUCGUAAUUACUAGGGGUAAACACAAGCGAGCAGAAUUACUGUACUACAU